GUCAUGGGGGCAGAUAUAUAGAACAGUUUGUGCUGACAUGAUAACUCACCUGAUUUUACUAACAAUGCUCUGUCCUUUUUUUCGGACACAUAAAAGGCUCUGGGAUGAGGACAGGCCUGUCCUGUUGACCUACACAGUCAUGAUGGGUAAGAUCAUCUUCUACGAGGGCAGGAAUUUUGAGGGACGCCACUAUGAGUGCAGUGGUGACUGCGCUGACAUGCACUCCCACUUCUCCCGGUGUAACUCCAUCCGGGUGGACAGUGGGUGCUGGGUGGCCUAUGAGAAGUCUAACUAUUCUGGGUACCAGUAUAUGCUGACAAGGGGGAAGUACCCCGACCACCACCGCUGGUCCGGCUUCAACGACUGCAUCCGCUCCUGUCGCAUCAUCCCUGCUUAUACUGGAAACUACAGGAUGAAGAUUUUUGAGAGAUCAGACUUUGGGGGCAAGAUGAUGGAGCUGAGCGACGACUGUCCCAACCUGCAGGACCGUUUCCACCUCAGAGACAUCUCAUCCUGCAAUGUCAUGGAGGGCUACUGGAUCCUUCAUGAGCACCCCAACUACAGGGGUCGUCAGUACUUCCUACGCCCUGGCGAGUACAACAAGCACAGCGACUGGGGCAGCAUGAGCUCCACCAGUGGCUCAGUGCGUCGCGUCAUAGAGCUGAAGCAAACCAACCAAUAAAGCAGAGUCUCUAGAUCUCUCUCCAGCCAGGCUAGAUCUCUCUAAAAGCCUGUAGAAUUCUGUACAGGGGUUGACAAAAUGAGUCAAUCUCAACAUACGGUUGGUGUCAGGGAAUAAGGAGAUUGUCCUUUAAUAAUUAGUAUCACUGGAUGAUAAUAUGACUGGGCUGAAGUAAGAAAGCAGUGUCUUGGAAUCCUGGUGUAGAUGGACAAAGAGCAUUUAGAAGGUUGUAUGCCGACAGAAGUGCAUUUAUACACACCCUCCGCUCACAUUGAAUAAUAAACCAGUGGAUGGUAGGAUGGAACAGUAUAUUUAAUUGUGUCCCUAAUGCAGCGGCAAAGACAGUUGCAACUUCUUCCAACUGAGAAGCCUGCUUAAAUUGUUGUGGUGUUUAAACAAUAUUCUGACCUCCUAAAUUCAAACACAUGAAUUUGUGUCUGAGGCAAAAUCACUUUGUUAACUUGUCAAUGUUACACUCGUCAUGGAAUUGCCACCAGGGACUCAAAAGUCAAACUUGAAUGAAUCAUUCUUUAUUAUAAUCAUUCUUUAUUAUCAGAAUGCUGGAGAGGUCACAGUCAAACUUAGAUGCAUAAAGUACCGGUCUGAAAUGAGCUCUUUCAGGGCAGUCCUUUAAGUUCUCUUAUAUACUGCUUACACAGACAAGCUUCUGUAUAUAGGCAUGGUUCAUAGGCUUGGUUCCUGCGUGUGUCUGGUACCGUGUCCUAUCUUAACUUUUAGAACAUUCUGACAAAAGGUCUGAGGAGGGGGUCAUGACCGUCUCCCACUCAUAUCUCUACCAAGCACCCACAGGAACCAAUGAUUGUAUGAGACAAGAUGUACAAUUCAAGGUUGUCUCCAGACUGUGCAUUUAUCUUCCACAUUCCCUACUUGUAUCACUUCUAUGAUAAUAAUCGUUACAAAUUUAAUGAGAUAAACACUUUCAAACCCUUCAUUCUGGGUUAUACAAUGAAAUUAUUAUGGUAAUAGUAUCAUCAUAAUAAAGGUUAUGCUUCUAUUAACGGCAGUGAAUUUAUCAAAUAUACACACACAUACACAGCCUGGUAAAAUUAGGCAAACUAAGCAAAAAACACACGCUGCAGCCUAUUUGGCAAUAUGGGAUCCCCAACUUCCAAAUAGGGAUUCCAACCAAGUUUUAAGCGUCCACUUUGUUUGUGGGGAAUUAUUCUUAGCAACAGUGACAAUGUAUUCGGCGAGAUCAGGCAUAUUUGAAGAAUUGAUCUGGGACAAAAGUACAACAUUUCAUCGCCAACGAUUGCACGAGUGCCCCCACCUGCCAAAAAUAUAGUCAAGUACACAUGGAUUUUGUGUUAUACAUACGUGGUAGUAGAGUAAAGGCCUGAGGGCACACAAUUCAUAUGUUGUGAAAUCUGUUAUGAAUGUAUUGUAAUGUUUUCAUUACUCUGUUUUGCCAAGCCAAUAUACACAAUUAUUUUUGUUCACCAUUCAGUUGUUCCAGGGCAUUUCAAGUAGCAUUGCCAAUUUUCUCUACAUGUGGAGUGAUGUCACGAAUUUGGUCUUGGCCACAUGUACACCGUACCCAGUGAAAAACACAUCAAAGAACAUGGAGGCAGGUCAGCUAGAGACCUCUUAUCUCUCCUCAUUCCAGGGGGGUUGUAGUCUCUUGAACAGAGCCUUCGGAUAUUUUCAUUGUUUGUAAAGGGUUCUCAGAGUUGUCACCCCAAACCUAACAGGGCAAGUAUUUUAUCCAUUAAGAUCGAACUCAACCCACACACUCAACAUUCCUUUUCUUUGGAUAUCAGGUCAGCAACCAAUUCUGCUCUAGAUAAGAACAAAUUGUCCUCAUGAUUGCGAGGGCCCAGCAGGACUCUCCUUUCACGAUGACUUCCGGGCAACUCCAGGCCUGAGUUGGUCCCUUUGGCUCAGGACUCCUUCUAUGAUUGUCAUCUUCUGGGCCACUACUCCGAGCCUGCUUUGGUCUCUUUGGCUCGGGACUUAUUUCACCCUUAUAGAAACAGUCUGUUUCCAAGACAGGCCUCCUUUGUACUUUGCGUACGGCCACAAAUACAUUUGCACAUAAAUCAUUCCAUCUAACCCAUAAGACAUUAAUUGCUCUACAUACAAAAAACUUGCUCAAGUCAUUUAGUAAGUUACAAAAUGUGUCAGUUUCCAACAAUACUAAAUCACAAUACUAAAUUACUUAAAUUCGCAGUGUGCAGAUCUCCACAAUCAAUCUGAAACCCCAAAUUAACAAUUUUGGACAAGACUAAAUCAAUUACGGGCACGGUUGACCUCACCCCUCCUUCACAGCACUCAUUCUUCUGGUGUUUCUUCAUUUUCUUCUUCAGAUAGCUUUACAGUUUGUACUCCCAAUAUCACACAUGUUCAAAGUGCAUGGCCUUUGAUCAUGUCUCCAUUCCAAUAUCUGGGGAAUAAUCUGAUUUUCCCAAGCAGGCAAAUCUCUCACCUGAGCCGCCACUGUCUUUUACGGCCCAUUAUGUCUUGUCCACCAGUACACCAGCAGCAUGAGAGCAUUUUGGACGGGGUUUCUCUCUAUGCUCGCUCCACUUGGACUCAUGUUGCACUCCUGAGAGAAAAGGCAUGAGAGAAAAGGCAGUUGAUAGCUUCAACUGGAUGCUGUGUACAAGUUUCUGGCUCAGACUCAGGUCUCAGGUUGAAGUAGUGAAGGACCAUAAUGAAUGCCAUUAUCGCUAUUACUUCAGCCAGUUAGAGGGGGUGAGGUAGAGGGGGUGAGGUUCACACUGUUCUCAGUCAAAUGAUCUCUUCCCAUUACUUUUAGAUACCAUCUGUGGUCACCUUUCGCCAUAACCUGAUGAGAGGACAGACCACAAUAACAGUUUAGUUAAUGGCAUUUCUGCUUCAGGAAAUCCAAACAAAAUAUUUACUGUAUGACAAAUUAUUACUUCUACCAAUAUUAUUAAUACAGAUUUCUAAGACACAUGUCAGAAAAUAACAAGACACUAUUGAAACCAUUUUUGCAAACUGGCUUAUACUCCCCUAUCACAGUGGUGACCUCAGGGCUAAUCCUUUGGGAGAAAUCCCCACCAACCAGCAGACCCAAUCUGAUGAGAUUUGCAUUGAAGCAAGACAAAAACGAAACAAACAAAACAACAACAACAAUACACUUCUUAACAUAUAAUAUCUCAUCCGUUACCCAAUCAAGCACUUAUCUAUAAGGUUACCUGCUUUGGUCCACAUGGCAUAGUCUCAGUAUGGUCUCUUAACACUCCACAAACCCAACAAUCUGACACAUUCUGUAGUACAGAGACAUUGCUCACUAUUUGUAGGGCCCCAGGGGACUGGUAAUUCCCCCUUUGGACACAUGACUCACAUUGUAAUUCAUGCAUCCAAAAAACAACAACACUGCCGGUUAAAUAAAAAAGAAACUAAUCGGAAUAACAAAUCAAAUUUGAAUUACAACUCUUGAUAACUAACUCCAUAAGGAAAUCAUUGAAUCCCAUAAGGUAAAAGUAAAAUAGACUAGAGACAGGUGUCCCUUGUUCAUGUGCAGCUCUCUUUCUAUCUCUUCUUCUCAUGGUCUGAAUCAAACAUAGGACUAUUGAUGAAUUAUAAACUUCUUCCUAAUUAUCAGUGUUUACAUAUUCAAUUUAAAUCUCACCCAAUGUCUCUAGUCUUUCUAGUGAGGCUGAUCAGACCUCACCAGAAAGCCAGAACAGAGGUCAGAGGUCAUUCAACCCCAUUAAGUGAGUGUUUCUUUAUAUUUUCUUUCCUUGUACUUCAGACUCAUUAUUUAAAGACAUUGCAAACAUUUGUGUAUCAGGUUUACGUUGUGUUUUUCAGUACAUUUCUUACCAAGAUAAUUUACGUGUGCAACAAAAACUCUGACAACAGAAACUUGAGAAAAUGUAAUUUGUGUGCCCCUUUAAGGUGCAUCCUAAAACUCAAAUAAAAAGACCACACACAAUAAAUCAAACACAGGAUUAACACCACUAACAAAUAUUCAUAACGGGUGGGUUGUGUGUGGGUGCUGGCGUGUGUGGUAAAAUGUCGGGUGAAAGCAAACAUAAUGGCAAGGCCUUACUAAAUUUGUGAGCUCCCUUAACAGCCGGAUCCGGAUACAUUUAUACUGUAUAGUACAACGUCUCAAUAACUCCUCAAAGGUAGAGAUACAGAAUUAUUGGUAAACUUGGUACUGGACAUUCACCAGUCCUGGAAGAACAAAAAAAUACUUCGUUUUCACUUUGCUACAUCUUAGUCAGUCCAGAGAAUUCUUAAUCGAGUUUACUGCAUCUUGAUAAAACCAUGCGUAUACAGAAUCAUACUUCUGACAUGUCAGAUGAUAUUGUCCAAUCUAAAGUAAACAAUCCCAGAGCCCCUUUCUUGUAAUCUUAUCAUUUUUGACCGAUUGCAUUGACAUUUAAUUUAUACUAACCGUCUCCAGACUAUACAUUUUUCAACGACACAGUGUUUAGAAUAUAAUGAAAUUAUUGCAGUUGAUGUUUGAAGUGUGUGGCAAUUCAAUGCUGGUGUUUUUGAUGUUCACUACAAGUAAAUAAAGUUAGAGCAAUCACAUUGUGAUAUAAUCACAAUAAUAAUACAUACCAACAAAUAAACCAAGUAAAUCUGUAAAUCAAGGAUUCCAUAUAUUUGCUUUACUGUCACGCCCUGGUCGAAGUAUUUUGUGUUUUUCUUCAUGUAUUUGGUCAGGCCAGGGUGUGACAUGGGUUUUUGUAUGUGGUGUGUAGCUUAGUGGGAUUGUAGCUUAGUGGGAUUGUAGCUUAGUAGGGUGU